CACUUUAAUUGAGCAACCCUGAGCAUCCUGGUUCCACUUUUUAAAAAAGAAAAAGAGAGAAGAGGGGGAAAAAGACAGGAAAAGAGAUAGGGGACAACGGCUCGACUCUGAUUUCUCUUGUGGAUGCUGGACUUUCUAUCUCUCCUUUUUUUUUUCUUUGCUCCUUCAGUUUGCUCUGUUUGAGUUCCACGGGAAGAUCUGGCAGGUACUUUUUUUGUAGGGCGCACGCUGCGAGACCUCCUCCGCUGCCGCCCCGCAUUCGAGGAUAAGGUGGUUCAGUUUGUCGAGUGCCCGUUCGUUGCUGCGUGCGUGUGGGUUCCCCGGCGCGUGUCGGUGUGAAAGAGGAGAUUAAAGCAUCCCCGCAGUGCAACCUUUGUCCGUGGAGAAGCAACCAAGCCACAGCACCUGGAAUUGGGAUAAGGCGGUGGAGGCGAAGUCAAAAUCUUUCUAAGGUCUCUGGCUGCAUUCCCCUCACCUCCAACCAUUUUUUUUUCCUUUCUCCAGUUAAAAGUGAGACGGCAGGUAGGGGGAAAUCCCGGUGGAUCGUGUGAACCUGGAGACAGAACGCGACAGAUGAGAAAAUAGGAUCAUCCUUCUCUGCUUAGUAUGCGUGGCUCCGCGGGUCCUUCUUAGAAGCUUGCUACGUCUGAAGGAAACCUUCCCCUCCAGAAAUUGACACCCCCCCAAAAAACGCCUUCCAAACCAGCCCUUGGGAUCUAGCAGCGGUUGACUUCGAUUGCUCGUUCACCGUGUUGCUCGGCUGUUUUAACCCAUUCCCCGCCCGCUCCAUUGUGGCGCGCAAGUCCCACUUUAGAAGCGACUCUUCUCUUUUUUUCCCUCCACCCCGAAGCCGAGUAGGAUGGAGACUUUGGCAUCAUGAACCUGACCCUCUUUUCCCGGCUGGAAUUUGAACUGCCCGGCCCGUAGGUGUCCCUCUAUCUUCUUUCCGGCUUUUUGCUCCGUGCGCUUGACCAUGAGGCGCGCUGCUUUGAGAACAGCACCAGGACGCUGUCCCGCGUGGACCCUGUGGAUGGGCUCCCUCGUCUGGGGAUGGAUCGUAAGCUCGGCGCGGAGUUCUUCCGGCGCGGAUUUGCCGGCUUCUUCGUCCGCCUCUUCGCAGGUUCAGCAAGAGCAUCAUUUCCAUGGCAGCAAGCACCACUCCGUGCCUAUUUCCAUCUACCGGUCUCCGGUCUCUUUGCGGGGAGGACACGCUGGGGCCACAUAUAUCUUUGGGAAAAGUGGAGGCCUCAUCCUGUAUACUUGGCCAGCAAAUGAUAGACCCAGCACAAGGACAGACCGCUUAGCUGUUGGGUUCAGCACAACAGUCAAAGAUGGCAUCUUGGUACGGAUUGACAGCGCCCCUGGCCUUACUGACUUUUUACAACUUCAUAUAGAACAAGGCAAAAUUGGUGUAGUCUUCAAUAUUGGCACAGUAGAUAUCUCUAUCAAAGAAGAGAGCACUCCUGUGAAUGAUGGCAAAUACCAUGUUGUGCGUUUUACACGAAACGGUGGUAAUGCAACACUACAGGUAGAUGGAUGGCCAGUAAAUGAACAUUACCCUUCAGGAAACACUGAUACUGCGUUCCAAUUGGUAAAACAGAAAAUCCCCUUCAAAUAUAACCGACCCGUAGAGGAAUGGCUGCAGGAAAAAGAUGAUGCAACACCGCAUCACCACUUGACUUCAAGACCUGCCACGACGACCAAAAUUGGACGACAGUUAACCAUCUUCAACACCCAGGCUCAAAUAGCCAUUGGAGGAAAAGAUAGAGGGCGUCUCUUCCAAGGUCAGCUUUCCGGUCUCUAUUACAAUGGCUUGAAAGUAUUGAAUAUGGCAGCAGAAAACAACCCCAACAUCAAAAUCAAUGGAAGUGUUCGGCUGGUUGGUGAAGUGCCAUCUAUUCUGGGGACAGCUCCCACAACCUCUAUGCCACCAGAGAUGUCCACCACCGUCAUGGAAACUACCACUACUAUGGCCACUACUACAACACGAAAAAAUCGCUCCACACCUACUAUUCAGACAACAGAUGACCUCGUUUCUUCAGCAGAAUGUUCUAACGAUGAUGAAGAUUUCAUUGAAUGCGAGCAGAGUGUAGGUAAGCCAGAUAAAAGUCUUUCCACUUCAAUCUUCGAAGGUGGCUACAAAGCACACGCACCCAAGUGGGAAGCCAAGGACUUUAGACCUAACAAAGUCUCCGAAACUGGUAGGACUACUAUCACAGCUUUGUCCCCUGAGCUGAUCCGCUCCACAGCUUCGUCCUCGACUGGGAUGGUGCCCAAAUUGCCAGCUGGCAACAUGAAUAACCGUGACCUCAAACCCCAGCCUGAUAUAGUCUUGCUUCCGUUGCCCACUGCCUAUGAGCUAGACAGCACAAAACUGAAGAGCCCGCUAAUAACUUCCCCCAUGUUCCGUAAUGUGCCCACAGCAAACCCCACGGAGCCAGGAAUCAGACGGGUUCCGGGGGCCUCAGAGGUGGUCCGUGAGUCGAGCAGCACAACGGGAAUGGUCGUCGGCAUUGUAGCUGCUGCUGCCCUCUGCAUCCUGAUCCUCCUGUAUGCCAUGUACAAGUACAGGAACAGGGACGAAGGGUCCUAUCAGGUGGAUGAGACGCGUAACUACAUCAGCAACUCAGCCCAGAGCAAUGGCACGCUCAUGAAGGAGAAGCAGCAGAGUUCAAAGAGCGGCCACAAGAAACAGAAAAACAAAGACAAAGAAUAUUAUGUGUAAAAACAAAACAAAAAAAUAAUAUUUAUAUAUAAAUAUAUAAAUAUUGAAUGAGCUAUAACUGAACCAAAACUGUUGCAGCCAACGAGAUUGGGAGAAACCGUCUGCGGUUUAAGACCAAUGUUGAGCAUAAACAUUUCAGUCGUUGACUGUUAAGUUUUCAAAUCACUGCUUGGAGUCCCCAAACUCUGCCCUCCUGUAUUAUAAAGCACAUAUAGUGUUCAGAAGAAGGCCUCCCCAGCAUAUCCAUGUUGGCAGACUUAAAAGCCUUCCGAGUUCCUCCUCAGCUGAACUGUUCUGCAAGGGCAGAAAACUUCACGGCUUACUUGUUUCGUAUCUCCAAGUGAGUCUUUAAUGAUGUUCACAAUCUUUGACUGUACUCUAUUUUUUUUUCAGUUUAUUAUUUUAAAAAAUAACAAAAAAAAUAGAAAAAGAAAAAAAGUGGAAAUGUUAGAAACAAAACAGAACAACUGAUCUGGCCAUGUCCAGUCUGAGUAUCAUUUUUCAAGAUGUGAGGGGGAAAGAAAUAGUAAUACUACUAAUAAAAAAUGGUUUGGGGUUUUCAUUAUAUUUUUUGUCUGAGUUUUUUUCAUUUUCUGUGAGAGGUUUUGGGAGAAUGAGCCAGGACAUAAGUCAAGAAGAAAUCUUGGGGAAAAUAUACUAAAUAAAGACUGUUGCCAUAUAUGAACUCAAGUUCUAUCCACAGUGUUUGCUCUACAUAUCAGGUUGUGUUGUCUCUUGAAUCUGUUGUCUGCAGUAAGUUGUUAACAUAAAAAAGAAAGAUGAGGAAGAGGCAGUGAUGGUGAUCAUGCAGAAAAUGAUGGUCAUUGAAAAUUGGACAACCCCAGAUACUGGCUCUAGUUAUUUCUAAGUAAAGUCAUAAGAGGAUAACAGUUUCUUCUUUGACUAGAAGCCCCUAACCAUGUCUGACUACCAUUUGCUCAACUAUGGGGCAAAAACAACAAAAUCAAAAUCAAACCAAAAGUAGUUAUUUUCAAUUGAGUAGUCCAAGCAAAAAUAAGGGAGCCAUUGUCUGGUUCUUUGGCUGAGGACACUGUAUGAAUGCAAAGAGUAGUGAUCAACUGAAUAAAGUGUUUAGAAAGAUUAUGGAGUUUGUCUUGUGACAAAACAACAUGUCACACAAGCCAAAAAAUGUCACAGAGGAAUUCAAAAUAGGGAUUGUGCUUUUAAAAAAACAAAACCAUGAUGGUAUGUUUCAUAUGUAACAAUUUAAUUUUGUAGAUUGACAUUUCUGAUUCGCUGUCCUUCCAUUUGCCCUAUGCUCCCUAUCCCUUGACUUUUAUAUGAAAGAAGAUAAAUUUAAAAAGUCCUUAUGACACACAGAAAAAAUAAAGGAGCUUAUUAAUAGUAUAAUAUAUAUAUAAAUAAAUAAAUAUAAAUAUAUAUAUAUAUAUACAGACACAGAUAUAUUUAUCAUGGUAUGUUUGAUGGGAUGACUGGAACAGAAAUGCUGUUAAACUCUUAAUAUAGAAUGAGACUGUUGUAAAGAAAAAAUGUUUUUACAAAACAGCAAAAAUCUAAACUUUAAAAAUGUGAACAGAGUGUGCAUUUUAAUCUUGUCACAGUUACCUGUGUCAAAAAGAAAAACAAUUUUCAGAUAAGAAUAAUUUUUUGUUUACAUAUUUUACUACAAUUUUUUUUGGCUGGUGUAAUUUCUAGAUGGGUACCCUAAUGUACAUAAAAUGCUCUGAGAUUUCAUUGAGUUGUUGAUUAUAUUCAGUGUACUUAAUUGUCGGAUUGUUUCUUUUCUUUCUUUUUUUAAUCUCUUCCAUUUUUUUAAAGAGCAACUUGCUGUACAGUAAAAAAUAAUCAACUGGUGUUUUCUGGCCACAAAUAUCAUGUGCAAAAAAUAACAAUAAUAAAUAAAAGCAAACAAGAAAGACAGCAAGAUUGAUAGAAACAGGGAAAACACAUAACUUAGAGGACUCUGGCAAAUAAAAAAAAUGUACAAUUUUCCUGUGUACAGAUGAAAUCUAAUCAGCUGUUUAGGUUUAGAAAUCUACUCUUGCUGGUGUUUAUAAGUCGCAUGAAUCUUUGAAGACGUGUUAUCUAAUGCACACACGCACAUGGGAACAAUAAAAAGAAGGCAGCCUUCUCAUAUGCUUUGAGAAGAGGCUUACCUGGCUAACAAAUCUUUUUGGUGUGUGUGAGGUUUGUUUUGUUUUCUUUGGUUUAAUUUUUAAUUUUUUUUUACACUACAACAGAGAAAGAAAGAGAGAAAGAGAAAGAAUGGUUUUUAAAAGAUGUGAAAGAAUGAUUUUCAACAGCCUCACUGGCCAAACAUAUAUGGAGUUGAUUAUAUCUUGAUGUCUGUAAAAGAUUGCUGCUGUUCUUGGAGUCUUGUGAAAUGAUUUUCUGCUUUUUUCUUUUUCUUUAGGAAAACCCACUUUUUUUCUUUUCUUUCUGUUUGUUUGGGACAGAUUUUGGGGAACAUGUGCAUUUCUGUCUGGACGCUUCUCUCAUUUCACUAUUAUUUUCUGAACAGACCUGUGAAGAUUUUUGUUAACGUUAUUGUGCCGUUAUCUCUCUUUUGUUUCCUUUCUUGUCUCCAUCCUUUUCUUUUCCCCCAGUUCUUUUCUUUUCAUAAUUGCCUUUUUGUUCAAGAAUAUGCUUAGCAAUAAAAUGUUCUUCCCAAAGCCCUGUUGUUGCUGUGACUUUCUGUCCAAAGAGAUAAGGGAUUUUCCUUUUUCUUAAGAGAUUUGGGUUAUAAGAACACUUCAGCUAAUUUAACAAGUUUGUUCUGCAAAAGAGCUUAUGGGAGAAAAAGAUGCAGGAUUGUCACAUUUUCAAUCUCACAACAAACCUUAGAAUAAAUUAGUUAGUGAGUUUCCUGGGUUAACGACUUUAAUUUUAUCCUCUAAACCAGAGAUCCCCAAACCCCAGACUGCGGCCCACCACCGGGCCAAAGCCUAUUUGGAACUGGGUCUCGCAAGCGGGAAGUCCAUAUGCACACAUACGAAUGAGCUUGAUUUGCGCAAGCGGUAGGCCAGAACUCAUGCACAUGCGUGCACAGCUCAACUUGUGUAAGUUGAGCUGCAUGCACAUGCGUGUUGGUACCAGUCUUCUGAUCAUGUUGAGGUUGAGCAGCAGGGACACAUGCAUACUGGGCCAGUUCUCCCCUUCCUUCCUGGGCCGCUAAGGUACAAAGGUUGGGGAUCAUUGCUCUAAACCAAUGCAUCACACUUUUACUCAUAUUGUUGGGUUAUGAACAAUAU